AUGACCCAUUAUCCCAACCCACCUCGAUAUCAAGCUCAAGCGCCCAAGGUCUGCGAGCGCUUUUCGACGCCCGCGCACGGCACGCUCUGCUUCGAGUCCUCUGACGAUGUCGUCUUCCACGUCGAUGGCGCGCGCCUCCGACACAACGCGCGCAGCCUCCCACUGACCUCUUUCGGCGAGGUCAUAUCGCUUCAGGAGGACGCCGAGACGCUCGAGCGCCUGUUCCGUAUCGUCUAUCAGGACAAGGGCGUCAGGCCGGAUACGCUUCCCUUCGAGCAGCUCGUUCUCCUGGCGGAGGCGGCGGAGAAGUAUCAAGCGUACGCGGCGUCGAUGAUGUGUAGGCUGGCGAUGAAAUCGCACGGCCGAACUCACACUUUGGAGGUCAUGGAAUACGCAGCAAGAAACAAGGAUGACGACGUUCUGGAUGACGCCGCCACCUUCUCGGUGGGCUUGAACCCGAAGGACGUCUACGCCUCGAUUCCCGGGCCAUGCUUCGCAGCCUGGGUGCGCAUCCCUUCGCGCGCUGAACACUCACGCAUCGCUCACGUUCCUCAUGCUCAGGUCGUCUACAUCGACCAGUACAGCAAUCUCAUGCGUCACAUGACCGAGUAUCGCUACGCUGGCUGCGUCUGCUCGCCUUGCGUCGACAAGGUCGUGCGCAAUGCGGUGCUGCGGGGUCCUGAGGGGCUGGUGCGGCUCGAGGAGUUGUUCACGGAGGCGGUGCUGUAUCCUGUGGACCACGGGGCGUGCUCGCGGGGGAAGAGCGAUACGGGAUGCCGGGAGUACUUGCGCGAGUGGAAGGGGCGAUUGGAGAAGGCGGUGGAGAGGGUAGAGCCCAUGUCGAGCUUCUUGUCGUAA